AUGACGGAAAAGAAACCGAUCGUAAUAGACAGCAGUUCUGGUGAGAGUGAUGACGAGGUUGAAGUGCUCGACAUCAGUAAUGCUGACAUUUCGUACGGAUUCGAUCAUUCCGAAGACUACAGCAAGGUAUUGCAAAGCUGUGAUCAAGCAAGCAUGCUACCAAAUGAGAAUGAACUUUUCGACACAGAAGACUGGCAGCUACUCCCGUCUCAGCAUUCGCCGAAAUGCGACGAUACACGCCCACUCCAAACGCCAAAACCAACACCCAAUAAGUUGACACCUCCAGCCCCACCGGAGCUUGGACCCGCUAAAGAGCGCACAAACUCCACAAAGACGACAAAAAGAAGGGAAAUAGGAACCACAGAUGAGGACGCAGAUCGUCUCAAUGAGUUGAAAGUCCGUUUGGAAAAGGAAAGCGACAAGUCGAUACACGAUCAGCUUUCACAAUUUGGCUUUAAGAUUCCCAAAUCACGAAAGCAACGCAUCAAGCUUCUAAGUCAGUGUUUGUAUGCUCUCGAAAACACUAAGCCCGAGCCGAACGGAAAGGAAAGGCAAGCGAACACCAAGGCGAAUGAUGAGGCACCGAAAUUCGAGGACAUCAUCGCUCAGACAUCAAAUGCAAUAACGGCUAUAGUACGAUCGGCACCGGGAGAAAGCGUAUGGUCAGACAUGCUAGCGUACAUUCCGGUGCAACUGGAUGCACUACAAUCGUGGCUAAAAAAGCACAAUCUGAAUGUUAGUACAGACUUGUUACGCAAUUGGUGUGAUGCGCAAGGCGUAUUAGUGGCGGGAUCUUGGGACGUUCGGCAUGGUAAACGCAAUGGUUACGUCUAG